AUGGCGAUGUACACCCGCCGCUCCUCCACCGAGUCCUUCUCCCGCCGACCCUCCCACUCCCCCACCCCAUCCGAAAACCGCAAACUCUCCUUCAACCCCGUCGGCCAAUGGGUCCCGCCCGCCGCGCAAGAGGAACCCGUCGGCGCCUUCGAAGUCGGCAAGGGCAAGAGGAUCCUGCAAGUCUGCAUUGCAGUGAUCUACUGCCUCUUUGGCGCUGGCGUGGUCUUUGGCUUCGCGGCUAUCAAACCGGUGUUGAUUGAACAAGGCGUCUACCGCGAACGAUGCACGAAGCAAGAGCUGGACGACGGGGUGUGGGUGUGUUACGAGCAGGAGAUACGGUUGAACUUAAUGUUCACUGUCGCGGCCGUGAGCACGAACGUCUGCGCCUUACCGGUCGGCACGGUGCUGGAUCGCUUCGGACCACGGGUGUCGGGGCUGGUGGGAGCGGUGUUCCUGACGUUGGGAGCGCUGGCGAUGGCGUUCGCAGCCGAUCUGCCGUUCGAUGCGUAUAUACCUGGAUACCUGUUUCUGGCGCUCGGGGGGCCGUUCAUCUUCAUCUCGUCGUUUCAGCUGAGCAAUACGUUCCCGAGACGGUCGGGGUUGAUUCUGGCGCUGCUUACGGGGGCUUUUGAUACCAGCAGCGCUGUGUUUCUGGCAUAUCGGCUGCUUUACGAGGGCAGUGAUGGGAUGUUCACGCCGAAGAAGUUCUUUCUGAUUUACUUGGUCGUACCGGCAUUCGUUGUUGUGGUUCAGCUGUUCAUUAUGCCUGCAAACUCCUACAAGACGGUUGGAGAACUGGUCAAGCACGCCGAGGACCCGGCCCUAGACGAGCACGAUUCAGACAACGAGAUCGACGAUGAGGGUCGAAGGAACGCACUCCAACAAUCCCGCCGCGAGCACCGCGAAAGCGUCGUCUCCGAAAUCACCAGCCUGCUCGGCACAAAAUCAGGCGACGAACAAGCCGCCGAAGAAGAAAAGAAAGCCCAAAAGAGCGGCGUCUGGGGCGCGCUCCACGGCAAGACCGCCCUCCAACAAAUCCGCACCCCCUGGUGGAUCUUAAUCAUGCUCUUCACCGUCCUCCAAAUGCUCCGCAUCAACUACUUCGUCGCCACCAUCCGCACCCAAUACACCGAGCUCCUGCACUCCCACCUCCUCGCCAUUAAAGUCAACGAGUUCUUCGACGUCGCCCUGCCCCUCGGCGGCAUCAUCAGCAUCCCCUUCAUCGGCCUCAUCCUCGACAACACCUCUACGCCCUUCGUCCUCGCGCUCCUCGUCACUCUCGCCACCGCCAUCGGCGUGCUGGGCAUCAUCCCCGACCAAAUGUGGGCUGCGUACGCCAACGUGUGCCUCUUCGUCCUCUACCGCCCCUUCUACUACACGGCCGUCUCCGACUACUCGGCCAAAGUCUUCGGCUUCGUGACUUUUGGCAAAGUCUACGGGCUCGUCAUCUGCGCGGCGGGGCUGUUCAAUUUCGUGCAGACGGGUCUGGACGCGCUCACGCAUAAACAUUUUGGGAAUGAUCCCAUACCGGUGAAUGCGGUGUUGUUGGGCGCGGCGCUCGUGGUGGGGGUCGGGUUGGUGGGGUAUGUGUGGCGGAAGAGUCGGGGCAUGGAGAGGGAGAAGUUGGAGGAGGAGGCCGAGGGGGCGAGGGAGGUGUUGAUGCCGGAGGCGGAUGCUGAAGAGGUUGGGAGGGAGCAUGGGCAUGAGAGUUAUGGGACGGCGUAG